AUGGGCCUGCAGGUCCGCAGCAGUUUUGGGAGUUUGAAUGUGCUUUUGAAUCAGCGCCCUGUGUGUCGCUUGGACGCCAUGGCGCCCGCUGCUGGCCUGCGAGCCUUCUGGGAUUGGGAUGAUCUCCCGGGUGUCCCAGGGAAGGAUGAUGCCAAGGGCAGCAAGGUCCACAUCCGAAUGCAGCAGCGAAACGGCCGAAAGUCCUGGACAACGGUCGCGGGCUUUCCGGACCAGGUUCGCCUUCCAAAAUCCGGCAAGGUCCUGCAAGUUGACUUCGAGAAGAUCCUGCGAGCGCUGAAAAAGACCUUCAAGACCAACGGAGUCCUGAUCAAGGACCCAGACCAUGGCAGUGUCAUGCAGCUCCAGGGCGACAUCCGAAAGGAGGUGGCAGAAUUCCUGAUUGAGGUGACCGCCAUCAUCACGAAGGACCAGGUGAUGAUCCACGGAUCUUGA